AUGCCACUCUGGGGGACCGCCGCGUCCACGCAGCCGGCAGCCAAGGGCGACGCCGCCCGCGCGCCCUCAGGGUCCGGCGGCGGCGGCGUCAAGGUGAUCCGGUCGCUGCUCCCCACCCGGCGCCGCCUCCGCCUCGACCCGCCCGCUAAGCUUUAUUUCCCAUAUGAACCCGGUAAGCAAGUCCGGAGCGCUGUUAGGAUCAAGAACAUCAGCAAGUCUCAUGUGGCUUUCAAGUUCCAAACGACUGCACCAAAGAGUUGCUUCAUGAGGCCUCCCGGCGGCGUACUUGCUCCAGGGGAAAGUAUCAUAGCAACAGUUUUCAAGUUUGUUGAGCAUCCGGAGAACAAUGAGAAGCCCUUGGACAAGUGCAAGGUUAAGUUUAAGAUUGUCAGCCUGAAAGUCAAAGGGCCGGUGGAGUAUGUCCCUGAAUUGGUAAAUCCUCUCUCCACCUUCCUCGGCAGACUCUGAUAGAUUACUAUUCCUACCUGGGAUGCUACAGAGGUUGUUGUAUAGAUGGGACGUGGAGGGGCGAGAGCGAGCACGACGCAGGGGCUCCGUGGCUGAUCAGAGAGUGAGAGAUUACUCGUGGCUAGGUUUCGCCCUGCUCCCUGAGGGAAGCGGGCAAAAGUAAUUGCUUCUGCUUGAUUCCAUAGGAUAGCAUUUUACAAGUAUUUAUCUCCCUACUAAUCUGUAUCCUGAUCUAAGAGAUCUAAUAUGAGAUCUCAUCUAAUCCUU